AAAAAGAAAUUAUUUUAGUAGUGCAUUGAGUUACGUUUUUAAUAGAUCUUGACGCUAACCUUGACCAAAAACUAAAAUCAUUCAAAAUGUUCUAGAGAUGGAUUUCGAAGCUUUGUGACAGUCACCUAGAAAAAAGAAAGAUAUGAAUUUAAAAACUAAUUUCGAACGCUGGAUGAAAGAUGAGAGUUAAAUCGUAUCAAAAGGCGAUUACCUUAAGCGGUUUGAAGUAAAAAUCGGAAAAAAGGUGAAAAAUGAUAGAGAUUACACCCGCAAUCAUUCAGUAGCAGUUCGUCACGAUAUUCGUUUGUUCGCAGCUGUGUGUUCUGUUAUUCGUGGCUCCUUUAAUAUUUCAAAUUAUGUAUUUCGUUACCGAAAAUUCUGUUUCUUUGGCUUGUGAUUUAGUUUCAGUUUAAUUAUCAGUUUAAUGUUUUUGGAGAAAUGUUUCAGUUUGAUGAAUAUAAUAUUCAUAGACAUUCGAUAAAAAAAUAUCGUUUGAUGGCUUUCAGUGAAAACAUAUUGUUUGGUAGUAUCUGCUAAAAAAAUAUCGUUUGACGGAAUUUAAUGAAACAUCAUAAGAGUAAUGGUUGUUACGGGGUAAAAUUAUUUUUAACGGAUCGAAGAAACGCAUAAGACGGAAUAUACAAUGACAAAUGCAACAAACUAUUUUUCAAAACCAUUUUGCCAAUUCUUCUUCUCUUUGAAUGUUAAAUGAAGAUUCUUAAAUAUGGAUGACGUAAAGAAAGUUAUAAAGCUUCUAAAGAAGUGUCUCCAAGAGAAACGAUGCGUAAGUAUGCCAAGUGUGUCCUCCUUUGAGUCGCCGCCCCCAAAUAAGACAGAUCCAAGCGUCGUCGUUUACAGAUCUCGGUGGUUGAAACUGCAGGCCAGUCGAUUCCGCCGCAGGUUCCCGGAAGUACCCGACCAUGAGAAACUCGUUAACUAUUUCUCUUGUGCCCUUGUUUCGGACAUUCUUCUUCAGGGACAUCUUUUCAUCACAAAAAACUAUUUUGGUUUCUACUCCAAUAUAUUCGGUCACAAAACACAAAUCCUGAUACCGGUAUCAGAUGUGGUGAAAGUCACUAAAGAAAAAAUCGCCAAAAUCAUUCCUAAUGCUGUCGGAGUCUACACCGAUUCAGAAAAAUUUAUUUUUGGCUCCCUGUUAUCGAGAGACACGGCCUUUCGUGUUAUACAACAAAUCUGGAUUCAAUCCACGGACCCGGGUCUAGGUUUGCCAGACGAUAGUGAUAGUGAAAUUUCUCCAGCUGUUGCACUGUUUGCAGACGAAGAAUCUUCGAUGAGCAGUGGAGCAUCUGGCAACAUGGCGUCCGAAGAAGUGCCUACAACCUCUGAGAUGGCCACCACGCCGGAAGUGGUGUCGCCCAUCAAAACAGCCCUCCUCACCUCCCCCUUCCCCAAAAAGAGAACAACCACAACAGCAGCACCUCUGCUCAAAUCAAGUGCCAUCCUUUCCAAAUGCAGCCUCAAUUUCGCUAAAGGUUAUUUGAUCAAAAUAGAUGAAUUAGUGAAAGAAUUAUCUAGAGUAUCCAGAACUUCUUUACUAUUUAUGGUGUCUACGUUUCUAUUAGUAAUACUGUUUAUUUCCACAACUGUUCUUCUCUACCGAAUUCACCUCCUACAUCAGAAACUUCUAAUUAAAGAUGAUUUCUACGCCGACAACAUUCCAAGGUUUGAAGCAGUUAGUGAGCUUGUUCCAACAGAUUUCACAAAUGUAGUUAAAAGCUUAGAAGAUAGAAUACAGAGUCUAGCAGAGGUUAGAACAACUCUAGAAAAACUCGUAGCUAAGGCCAAUGUCCGAGAAGUGCCUAGUACACCCAUUUCUCAAUAUGGUACGUGAUGAGACCAGGAAGGAUGUUUCUGGAAUGGAAGUUUUAUUUUUGGGAUUUGUAAAUAAACUGAACUUGUUGAGAGAAUGAGAGAUAAUCCCUCUCUUAUGAAACUGCAAUACAUACCGUCACUCCACCGACAAGCUGGUCUUGAACAUGGAGUGUGUGUAUGCUGUUUGUUGUGCUUUUUUUUGUUUAGAUAUUUUGAAAGUUUAAAAAAAAUAUGAAGCAAUUCUUUUACAAUAAAGAAUAUUUAAAAAAAAAA